AGGCCAUGGCGAGUACCUUUCCCACCCCGACCCUCUCAACGCCCAAGCUGUCCCUGCCACCGCUCGGUCCUUCGCGCCAUAAUGCCGCCGCUGCCGCUGCCCCGUGGCGGCACCGCGGGCAGAUCUGCGCGACCACCGGAGGCGAUGCUCCCGCAGCAGGAGCGACGACAGAGGAGGAAGCAAAGGCUAGGAAGGAGCAGAGGAAACGAUGCCUGAGGUGCGGCGUCCUGUACUUGGACGAGGAGAACUCCGCUGCUGCCUGCGCCUUCCAUGGUCACAUCACCGGUGAGAAGGGGCUGUUUUCGCUGUCGCCGCCGCACCAAGGGAUCGACGGCGAGUGGAGCGACAAGAGCGGGGUCAUCGUCUACCGGUGGAACGACCGUGGCGACCGCCCCAACACCGGCCGUGCCAACUGGAAGGGAAGGUGGAGCUGCUGCCAGGAGCGGGACGAGGAGGCGCCGUCGUGCCGCCGUGGGCACCACGUCUCCUACGACGAUGGCUUCACUCUCUUCUAGCCACGAUUCGCCAUAUGUUCUGAUAAGCUAGAGACUGUAAUUCGGGAGGAAUUUCUGUGUUCCAAAUUAACUGUGUAAAGUUGCUUCUACGUAAUGUUGAAACUAAAAAUGAUAAGUGAAGCUUACUGAAUAAGUGAAUAUGAAC